AAUGCCACUGCUUUGCUGCGUCUCGAGCAGCAGUAGAGUUUUUGGAGUUUUUUUAGAUACGAGCAGAGUUUUGGAGUUGAAAAGAAGGAGAUACAUGACAUAUACUCGUACUCCUUUGAACAUACACCUGAAUCCAUAGGAAGAAACACAAUAUAUACAGGUGCAAGCAUUAUUGUUCUGGCUUCUCCUAGUAGAGGAAUUCAGGAUGUCUCGACCCCCGAUCAUGACCAUUUUCCUUGGCAUCGGCAUCACCGUGCUUGCGGCCCUUGCUCUCGCAUCCGAGGGCCGCGUUUCUCGAAAGGACCUGAGCAUCGACCUCGGCGGUGGCGGCGGCGGCGGCGGCGCAGGCAUUGGGAUCGGUACUGGGAUUAGCAUCGGCAUAGGUGGUGGUGGCGCCGGUGCCGGUGGCUCUGGCUCUGGCUCAGCGUCUGGGUCUGGGUCGGGAUCAGGCUCUGGCUCGGCCUCAGGUUCCGGGUCCGGUGCUGCUUCUGGUGCAGGUUCAUCGGCGGGCUCCGGUGCAGGAUCAUAUGCUGGCUCUGGCGCCGGCUCCGGUGCGGGUGCGGGGUCAGGAGCUGGGUCCGGCGCGGGUUCGGGUUCAGGUUAUGGGCAAGGGCAAGGUGCAGGUGCAGGUGAAGGCCACGGCCAAGGAUCUGGGUAUGGCGAAGGGCAUGGGGCAGGCCAGGGCCAGGGUUCCGGGUCUGGCUCCGGAUACGGUGAGGGAAGUGGCUCCGGUCGAGGAUCUGGCUAUGGCCAAGGUUACGGCUCUGGCUCCGGCCAAGGAUCAGGAUCAGGAUCCGGCUACGGUGAAGGUUACGGCGCUGGCUCGGGCUCCGGUCAUGGCCAAGGCUCUGGUUACGGUGAAGGUACAGGCUCAGGCUCAGGAUACGGCGAGGGACACGGCUACGGAUACGGCUCUGGUUCUGGAAAUGGCAAAUAAAGAUGGUGAACAACGGCUCGCCCACCGGUGUGUGUUUGCUAAUGCUCAGUUCUCUGAACUCUGGUGUCUUCUUUCUGUGUAUCCGUAUACAAAAAUAAGUAUGUAUGUACACGCGACAAACUAUGGACAAAGAAUUGUAUCGUACGCUCUUGUUCACCAUACAUGUAAAACUAAGCAGUUCGCUCUUAUAUCUUUGGCAAUGUCUAACUU